CCUUCCCCAAAAUUCCAGCAAACGUUCGCCAUUUUCGCCGCUUCCACUGCUCCACUGAAACUCCGCCUGCAGUCGAUCUACGAUGCUCUCGCGCAGCCGUCCGCCGCUCCUUCCUUCCAUCUUCGCGCUUCUAGUCGCCGUCGCCGCGUCGGCGACUCCAUCGGCGCCGCCUAUUUCAGGUGACUGCAACGGCCUGAUCGUUAAUCUGGCCGAGUGCCUACCCUACGUGAUGAUCGGAGGAACCGCGACGAAGCCGGAGGCGAAGUGCUGCUCCAACCUGAAAACGGUUAUCGAUACAAACGCGAAGUGCCUGUGCGAGGGGUUUAGGAACAGCGCGCAGUUAGGCGUGAAGAUUAAUGUGACCAAAGCCUUGUCUCUGCCCGCUGCCUGCGAUCUCAAAUCGCCGCCGAUCGGAGACUGUGGCCUGAGCAAUGCUCCCGGAGGAAGUCCAGGGCUUCCACCAUCGCCGACCUCUCACCAUGGAGAUUCUCCGGCAGCGGCACCAGCCCCCGGGCACGAAGGGCAUUCGGAGUCUCCUCCGCGGGCGACAUCAAUGGAACUGCUGCUAAAAGGGUCUGUAAUGGCAGGUGCAGCCAUGUCAUUUGUUCUGUUUUGAAUGUUGUUCUAACAUGAAGGAAAGGUGAGGUUGGUUGGUUGGUUGGUUCUGUUCUGUUCUGUUCUUAUAUGUAGUAGUAGUAGUAGUGUGUGUAUCUAUAGAGAGAGAGAGAGAGAGAGAGUAUUUGGGUAGCAAGAUAUGAUGAUGAUGAUGAUGGUUUGAUGAUGGAUGAUACAUACACUACCAGCUACUACGUUUCUUGUCUUUUUUUCUUACCUGAUAAUAAUAAUAUGAUAGUAAUGAUAAUGUGUGUGCA